UGGGCUGAGCUGCCGGCGCAGUACAAGCUCGUCUUCGCCACCUCCUUGUCCUUUGUCAUCUGCAACAUGGACAAGGUCAACAUCUCGGUUGCAAUCCUGGCCAUGAGCCGAGACUUUGGGUGGAGCCCCACCAUCUCAGGCCUGGUCCAGAGCUCCUUCUUCUAUGGCUACCUGCUGAGCCAGAUCCCGGGAGGCUACGCCGCCUCGCUGCUGGGCGGCCGCAAAGUGCUGCCGGGCGGCGUGGCGCUCUGGAGCGUGGCCACCGCGGGCGUGCCGCUGCUGGCGGGCACGCUGCCGGGCCUGUUCCUGUCACGGGCGGCGGUGGGGCUGGGCGAGGGCGUGGCGCCGUCUGCCGCCACCGACAUCGUGGCGCGCGCGAUUCCCACCGACCAGCGCAGCCUGGGGCGUGUGGAUGUGUGGUGGUGCGUCCUGUUGGGCCUGCUCAUCGCGCCGCCCCUCAUGGAGCGCUUUGGCUGGCCCUCCGUCUUUUACCUGUUUGGCGGCGUGGGCCUGGUGUGGUGCCUAUGGUGGGAGCGCCUGCUUGCCGAGCAGCCAGGCGGCAGCGGCGCGCGGUUGGGGGAGGCGGAGGGCAAGGCGCACGCCGCGGCGCACGCCGGCCAUGGCGGCGUGAUUGACGCGCGGCAGCCGGUGCCGUGGCGCGCCUUUUUGCGCAACCCGCCGCUGCGCGCGCUGGGCUUCACCCACUUCUGCAACAACUGGUUCCACUACACCAUGCUGGCCUGGAUGCCCACCUACUUCACCGACUCGCUGUCCCUCGACCUGAGCCACGCGGCGCAGGUGUCGCUGCUGCCGCCCAUCGCCGCCAUCGCCGCCUCGGCGCUGGCGGGGCCCUCGGCGGACGCGCUGAUCGCGCGCGGCGUGCCCGUGGAGACGGUCAGGAAGGCCGCCCAGUGCACCGCCUUCCUGGGCCCCGCCGGCUGCCUGCUGGCGGCAAGCCUCAUGGAGGGCAGCACGGCGUCUGUGGUGCUGGUCACGCUGUCGCUGGGCCUGGCAAGCUUCAGCCUGGCCGGCCUGUACUGCAACCACGCCGACCUGUCGCCGCGGUACGCCUCUGUGCUGCUGGGCAUGACCAACACCAGCGGCGCGCUGCCGGGCAUAGUGGGCGUGGCCUUCACAGGCUGCCUGUUUGACUGGACGGGCUCCUGGGGCUGGUCCCUGUUUGCCCCCUCCAUCUUCUUCUUCCUCACCGGCUCAGCUGCGUAUGUGCGGUGGGGCAGCGCUGACCCUCAGGAUUUCAGCGAGGAGGCCAACAGCGAGCCCUUUGCCGUUGAGCGCUGGCUGGGCCUGGUGCGCUCGCGGCUGCCCGGCGGGAGCGGCGAGCAGGCCGGCAAGGAGGACUGA